ACUGACACACCUCCCAGUCCUGUUAAGCUCAGCUAAACACUCUCAACAAUGCAAAUCCCUGUGCACAGCAAGUCAGCAUGUUUGCCCUCACGGGGCUUUGCAAGCUGGAGAGUGUAGUCCUGAGCUACAGGCCACGGUGAUCACGCAACGCUGACGGGAACCACACAGCCCAGCAUGACUUUCUACACCUCCAUAUUUAUCCAGUGCUUACUGGGUGAACUGGGACGGUGACAAAUCAGAUGGUAACCGCUUUGCUCUGACACCUAAAUGUCGUCUUAUAAGCUUUCAUUCUACUGUAUUGUGUUGAGGAUUAGGUCUCUUUUUAGUGAGUAGCUUUUGUCGGCUUUGGAUCAAAACAUCAGUCUGGGAUUUCUGAAUUGCUCUGCACUCAGUUUGAUCUUCUCCAAGGGGCCACUGUUGGACAUGCAGCCGGGCGUUCGGGUGUGUGCGCCUUCUGCGGCGCUGCUGAGCCUGUUCUGCCGAGGCUGUCUCAGCAGGGUGCAGAGCUGGCCCAGUCGCAGCUUCACUUCUUUGUCCAGGCAGAUGGGCAGGUGGAACAACACGGACACCAGCAAUACUCAGGACAAUCCCCGCGUCCUCAUCACAGGUGGUCUGGGGCAGUUGGGGGUUGGACUUGCACAGAUGCUGAGAAAACAGUACGGAAGAGAGAAUGUAAUCCUGUCAGACAUCAAGAAGCCGCCGCCUCAUGUUUGCGCCAGUGGCCCAUUUGUGUAUGCUGAUGUGCUGGACUACAAACACCUCAGAGAACUGAUUGUAAAUAAUCGUAUUACAUGGCUGGUCCACUAUAGUGCUUUGCUUAGCGCCGUGGGUGAAGCUAACGUGGCUCUGGCACGGAAGAUCAACAUCACAGGCCUACAUAAUGUUCUGGACUUGGCUCUAGAGAAUUGCCUUCGCAUCUUUGUUCCCAGCACCAUUGGAGCAUUUGGUCCCUCUUCUCCACGUGACCCGGCUCCUGACCUCUGCGUCCAACGCCCUCGAACCAUCUAUGGUGUGUCUAAAGUGCACGGUGAACUAAUGGGGGAGUAUCUGCAUCAUAAAUAUGGCUUGGAUUUCCGUUGCCUUCGUUACCCUGGGGUGAUUUCAGUCAACACACCUCCUGGAGGAGGAACAACAGACUAUGCGGUUCAAAUCUUCCACGAUGCUCUCAGUACAGGUCACCAUGAGUGCUACCUGCGACCUGACACCCGACUUCCCAUGAUGCAUAUCUCUGACUGCCACCGUGCCACGGUCGAGUUCAUGCAGGCUCCAGAGUGCCAGCUGUCCCUGCGCACCUACAACAUCGCUGCCAUGAGCUUCACCCCGGAGGAAGUGGCCAAAGAAAUCCGCAAGCAUCUCCCUCACCUCAAGGUCACCUACAACCCAGACUCUGUUCGCCAGACAAUCGCCGACAGCUGGCCUGUGAGAUUUGACGACACCAAUGCUAGAAGAGACUGGGGCUGGGCACCGGCCUACGCACUAGAAGAGCUGGUGUCAGACAUGCUGGGCUCCAUUCGAGACAUGAGGACCAACGAGGGUUUUCCGGUUAGCUAGCGAAACCUCCACCACAAAGACUGGCUUUUCCACACCCUGCCUUUGCCAACGAUUACCCUUCACUUCACUUCUACAAAGUGUUCACUAGUAUCCUGUGUUCUUUUGGAGAAUAUCAUCAAUGUGCCAAGGAUAGAUUGUAAAAACAGUAACUCUCAGUCAAAGCGUCUUACUAUACAGUUGAAAGUGAGAUGUCACACACGUACACAAACACUACAGUCUUCUUCAGGGAAUCAAAUACUGUCAAAUCUUCUCUUCAUCUUUGUUGUUUUUAUUUGUUGCGAUAUCAGCAUCACUUUACACAUGGUAAUGUUGCCUCCGAAGGAAAUAAAACAUGUUUAAUAAGCUUUAAAAAAUUCCAAACGUCAUAUUAUUUGCAUGCAUUGACAAGAUCUGGACCUAUGUCGAUGACAAUGUCCAAUACGAUAUGCUCCGGUUCAUUUAGACUGAUAAAACUGUUAUGCACCUUGCCUCCAGGAUCAUUUGUAAUAGCUAGGACACUUAACUCUGGACUGAUCUGACAUAUUGUGUAUUCUGGCUGGUUUUAUAAAGCGCCCUUUUAUGAUCUAGCUAUCAAAUUGAAAUCACACAUUUUAUACAUCUAACGUACCCUGCUGUAGCGCCUAACAGAGAGCCUUUGUUUUACUUUUUUGCCAGCAGUGUGACUUUGGUUAUGAAUGAGAACCAAUAUCAAAUCACAAUAUAUAAUAUAAUGUAUGAAAAAAAGUGUAUGAAAUAAUGAUUGAUAUUUAAUAAAGAGUAAUGACUAAAUAUGCAGUGGACAUUGACUCAGAAC